AGAUGGCGCGGCUAUUGUUUCUGAUUAUUCUCUUUGCUCUUCCGUCUCGUGUUGUGCCCAUACAUAAUUCAUCAACUGGAGGCUGUGCCAUCAUCCGGCCUCCCAGGGACGGGGGGAUCCGCUACAGAGGCCUGACACAAGAACAGAUCCGCAGCGUGCAGAUCCUCCCCGUGGAUUAUGAGAUCGAGUACAUUUGCCGAGGAAACCGUGUGAUCGUGGGGCCCAAGGUCAGGAAGUGCUUGCCCAACGGCACAUGGACGGACAUUACCCAGCACAGCAGUUGCUUGCUGCUGUGCCCGAGAGUGUGGACGUCCCUGGAGAACGGCCGGGUGACGCCGCGACCUCCGGGGCCGCCGGUAGAAGGGACGGUGCUGCAUUACAGCUGCCACGCCGGCUUCAUCCUGGAGGGCAGAAACAUCAGCCACUGCACUAAGCUGGGGAAGUGGGAUGCACCUAAACCCACCUGCCUCUAUGACAGAAAUUACACAGGCAAGAAGAAGCUGUACAUCGGAGCCCUGUUCCCCAUGAGCGGCGGCUGGCCCGGCGGACAGGCGUGCAUGCCCUCCGCUCAGAUGGCCCUGGACCUGGUGAACAACCGGAGCGACAUCCUGCCCGACUACGAGCUGGAGCUCAUCCACUACGACAGCAUGGUGAGUGCAUGUGCGUGUGGAGGAGGAGGAGGAGGAGGAGGAGGAGGUGCGCGCUGCAAGUGAUGGAGUCU